CCCAAGCCCAAGCCCCAUAAACCAGAGAAUGAGUCUGCGUAGAAUUCAUUUCUAUCACAAAAUAGUAGAUGAGAGCAAGACAUCUCCUCCCACCACCCCCUCGUGGUCUCAAACGAGGUCUAAAUUUCAGUACGCAUUUAAGCACGAUGAUUAUCGUGACAAUAACAUGACGCAGAUGUAUCACCACGCCAAAUUCAGAUGGACGGAAAAUUUAACUUCAAGAUUCAUACAACUCAGGAGAGAAAAUGGAAAAUUAUUCACUGGCAGAAAAUACUCGGCUCAAGGCGGAUGGGAGCACAUCCUCAAGCUGAUGAGACGCGAGUUUCCAACGAUAAUGGCUGACGUUCAAUACCGAGUGUUGAAAAAAAAGUGGUCCAACUUGUUACAGCAGUACAAGGAAUUUAAAAAUCCAGUCCAGGGUGAUAAAAACCGUGCGGACGACGUCUCCUGGCCAUUUUUCAAUGCCAUCGAGGAAGUUGUACACGGCCAGAGAAGUGUUCGAGCAGUUCCCGAUAAUUACGCAGAGGAUAAUGAAAUAGAGGAAGAGGUUGAUCCCCACGAAUUUCUAUGUGUCUCAGUAACACCCUCGGACGAGCAGAUAUCACCCCCUGUUUCACCAGUUGAGGAGAAAUACAAUCACCUGGACGACACACCAAUUCAAGUCGAGGAAUUUUCACGUUCAAGAUCAUCCAAGAGUGAGUGCACCCCCUCGAUAUCUGUCAAGGACGUGACAAAGCUGAGAAGGACGGAAAACCAAUCACGUGUUAGCCAGCAGCAGCUGCAGAUGAUCCGAACGGCUGUGAAUCAGGCAAAGAGGCCGAAACAGUCGGUAGAAACGGAAGUAAAUAAGAAGAAUAAGAGACAUCAUAUUGAGAGAAAUCCACAGGACUCUGGGACUCCUCAAUCCACUGAGGCGCAGCUUGUCCAUAAAUUCGAGGAAUUCAUCGAAUACACCAAGCAGAGGGACGAGGAAAACAGACUCAUCAUGCUCAGGAUAUUGUCAGCAGUCGAGAAAAUUGCCGAUAAAUUUUAAUGAUCGUUUCAUUCAGCGUGGAAAAUCUCUAGGUUAAUUAUUUGUUGGAAUUUUCCAGAAUUUUAAUAAAUUUUUUUGAUGGACAAAAUAAUAUUACCGAUCUAAACGAAUUAUUGCCAAUAUUCGUCUCGAAAGUGGAAU